AUGGUGCUCUUUGACGACGAUAGUCCGGGGGAGGAGCGUCGCCCGAAACUCACCGCUGCAGAGAAGGGAAAAGCCAAGGUCGCGGAAGCCCCUGCUAAGGCCCCUGCUCGUCGCCGCACAAGCAACAAGAAGCGGACAUCCGACGGAGACCCGGGAUCUAGCAAGGGUGCGGCUAAGAAGAAGGCGAAGAAGGCGCCGAAUCCUGACGACAUCGUCGUGAACGAGACUCUGGGCAGCGACGAUGAGUACGCGGCGGCGGCGGGCCCGAUUCCCAUGUCCCUGAGAAGGGCGAGAGCUGUUGACGCGUACAAGCACAGCUCAAUCGACAUGUGGCUGGAGCUGCAGUAUGACAUGCAAGCCAUGCGUGCAGCUGGCGGAGGGCUUGCGCUGGAGCCCAUGCAGAUCCAAAGCGCCUGCGGUUUGUAA